AUGUCUGCUGCCGCCACUUCGGAGACGGCUUCAAUCAAAGCCACCGGUGCCCUCGCGCCCGCCGCCGGUGCCAUUGCCGCCUCGACUGAUUCGGUUCCUCUCGAAAGCAUUCGCCGCUCGACCGAAGCCACGAGCUCUGCGCAGCACGUCGCGCCCGACAAUGGUCCAGGUCCCGACGCCAUCGACACCACAAAUAUGCCCGAGCAGACCUCAGCGGCUUCUGCUUCCACCUCUGCGCCCGAGGUACCGGUAAAGGCGGGCAAUGGUGUCGAAAAGGGUCCAGAACCGCCCGCCAAGGAGGUCGACGACGCAAUCGGCCCUGCUCAGGAGCACAUCAACUCUGGCGCCUCAACAGAACCUGGUGCCCCUCCCGUGUGCAACAUUACUCUUCUCUUGACGUCUGGCACCCGCCAUCCCUACAGACUCGAUGCCAAGUAUCUAUCUCGAAGAAACGUGGUGAUGCCUGACGAAACCGAGCACGGACAUCCGGAUCCCUUCAGUAUUAGUAUAUAUACUCUCAAAGAAUUGAUAUUGAGAGAGUGGCGGAGUGAUUGGGAGCCCAAGCCUGCAAGUCCCAGCAGCAUACGUCUUAUUCACUUUGGAAAGCUUUUGGAUGACAAGGAGCAACUCAGGAAAUAUCAAUUCAGCCAGGAGGCCCCCAACGUGGUGCACAUGAGCAUCCGACCUCAGGACCUGGAUGAGGAAGAGACCAAGCCAGGCGGUAAGAGUCUCGGCGCUGGAAGUGGUGACGGUUCACGCUCAAGAUCCGGAGGCUCGUGCUGUGUGAUUCUAUAG